AUGGCAGGCGACUCAGAGUCGAUUCAAGAGGCAGGCGCGAAGAAUAUCUUCACUCAAGAUGAGUAUAAAUUGGCCCAGUUGGGUUACAAACAGGAGUUCUUUCGAGGGCUAGGUCUGUUUGAGAAUUGGGCUGCUACGUUUACUUCAAUGAACUUUGCUUCCGGGAUUCCAGUGCUCUUCGGUUUUGUCAUGUACACAGGAGGUCCAACGGCUGCUUUUGCCAACUGGACUAUGAUUGGCGGUCUUUCCUUCGUUGUUAGUCUCUCGAUGGCUGAAAUCGCAGCUGCCCUUCCGACUGCAGGAGGGAUUUAUUAUUGGUCGUACAGAUUAGGUGGUCCUAAAUGGGGUCCCUUCCUCUCUUGGAUGACUGGUUGGUGGAACUGGGCAGGAUGGAUCUGCGUCGUACCAGGCGUGCAGCAAGGCUCCACAAAUUUCCUCAUUUCAGCCCUUGAAAUCCAAUACCCUGACACCGAAGUGCUCGCCAAAGGCUGGUUCGCAUGGCUUUUAACUUCAAUCGGCAUGUUCUUCGCCAUGGCGCCCAACGUCAUCAACCAGAAAGUCCUGCAAUGGUACUUCCGCUUUGCCAUCGUGAUCUUCCACGUGCUGGUAGUCAUGUACUGGAUCUGGUUCCCCAUCAAAGCAGCUCAAACAGGCGGUUUCCAGUCCGGCUCUGGAGUCUUCAAACACUUCUACAACGGGAUCAAUCUUGGUGAAGAAAAGCAAGCGAGUGAUGCGUACUGCUGGAUCAUCUCCAUCCUCUUCGGGGCCUGGGUCUUCUACGGCUACGACGCCUCCGUGCAUCUGGCUGAAGAAACUCACGAAGCCAGCGAGAUCGUCGCAAAGGGGAUGUGGAUGUCGACCCUCUCCGCCUGGGUAAUGUCCGUCCCAACACUCAUCAUAAUCCUCUUCUGCAUCCAAGACUUCGACGGCAUCAUAGCCGGCACCUACGCCAACAACUGGGCCGCAUACCUUGUGCAGCUCCUCGGUCCCAAUGGCGCAGUCGCCAUCCUCUCUCUGCUGUGGGUAGACUCUACCUGCGCCACAGCAUCUUGCUUCAUGUCCGCGCAGCGCGUCACCUACGCCAUCUCCCGAGAUGGUAUUUUACCAGGGAGUAAAUACUUCCGCCGCCUCAGCAAGAAAUCACACAUGCCCAUACAUGCCGCCUGGCUUGUUCUUGGUAUGUCUGUUGUCAUUACCACCGCGGUCAUCGGCUCCGUCGUCGCCUUCUCAGCCAUCACCGCCGCAGCUACAAUCGCCACGAACGUCUCAUACUUGUUCCCCAUCCUGGCAAGGCACACAGUUGGCCGCCACUCUUUUGAACCUGCAAAAUGGAAUCUCGGCCGAUAUACCAUUCCCUGUGCUAUAAUUUCUGGAUUGUAUAUUUCAUUCUUGUGUGUUGUGCUUCUGCUUCCGCAACUGUAUCCUGUGACGGGCGAGACACUGAAUUAUGCGCCGAUUAUGAUUGGCGGGAUUAGUCUGGUUAGCUUAGUGGGUUGGGUGGCGCCGUUUGGGUAUGGUGGUAGGCACUGGUUUACGGGACCGCAGAGGACGAUUAGUGAGGAGGAUGUUGCGGCGGGUGUUGUUAUUGAGGGGGAGGUUGUGAGGAAGGUUUGA